AUGUCAGGGAGAGUCGUACGCUGGGCGCUAUGUGGCGCCCUCAUUUACGACCCUACCCUCGCCGACUAUGGCCAACUACAAGCCAACAUCCCAACCGUCCCAUUCGUCGAAGCCAAUAACGCGAUUCUCACACUCAACGAGUCAUUCAUCGAAGAUAUCAAAGCAACCAGCGCCAAAUGUGGCUUCGACAGCUACCUAGACAAAUACCUCAGCUACCCUCCACCUGGACCCCAGUCACCCAGCGGCGCCUACGAUCCAAAGUGCGACAUCUGGUCCGAAAUGGCCGCCGCCUGGUUUCUAGUGAACCCCUGCCAAAACAUCUACAACAUUGCCGACGGUUGCCCGAUCCCAAACGAUCCCCUCGCCACCCACCCAAACUACAAGCCGCAAGUAUACUUCAAUCGCCCAGACGUUCGCGAAGCGAUCCACGCACCGAAGAACACGCACCACCUUGGUCCUGGGAAGAUCAACCACCUGGUCGAUACGAACUGGUUCGAAUGCGGGUUAGCGCAGGUCUUCCCCUUCGUCCCCUCAGGCAACAAAACCGGCCCUGAAGGCCAGGUAGAUCUGUCCCCGGAUCCGAUCCAACAUGUCCUCCCCCGCGUCAUCGACGCUACGCAGCGCGUCCUUAUCUCUAACGGGAACUACGACGCUCUGAUCCUAACGAAUGGAUCGCUGUUGGCGAUCCAGAACAUGACCUGGGGCGGCGAGCUGGGUUUCCAGAAGGCGCCGACGGAGGACUUUGUGGUUCCGGGGCAGGGUGUGAUGGGGAAGGCGCACGAGGAGAGGGGGUUGAUGUGGGUGGAGUCGUAUGCAUCGGGCCAUAUGCAACCACAGUACCAACCUCGUGCGACGCUGAGGCAUUUGGAGUGGAUGCUUGGGAGGAUCGAUAGCUUGUGA